UUAACUCAUCUGUUUUAUUAUUUCCAUUAAACGAUCAAAGGAAAGUAAGAUUUCCCCCUCUCUGCGCGCGCCUCUGCUCCGGGGCUGAGCUGUACUUUGACACCUAGAUGCCGCCGGGCACACUGUGUGAGCAGCCUGCACGGAUGAGACCACAGGCUGUUUUUUUUUUUUUCCUUUUUGCUCCGUUAUCUCCACGUUAACGUGACGAACGGCUCCGCGCGACGCCGUGUGCGGCUGUGAACCGAGAGCCACAUGACGAGAGGGCUUCCCGGCGCGAGGAACAGCCCGUUCCCGCGGCGCUGCUCUUCCUGUCAAAGGCUACAUUGUGUCCGGUCUGGCAUCCGCUGGCGGCUGCUGCGGACAGGACGGUGUGAUUUAUCCGCCGCUGGGUGAAGCUCCGGCCGCUUUCGUGGCUUUUUUUUUUUAUUUCUGUUGUCUCCACCGCGGGUUCGAUACCAGCGGAAAACGUGGCGCUGAACAAAACACACGCAGGGGGAAACUACGGAGCAACUAACCUCCAGCUGCUGCAGGCAUGGAGCAGAGGUGAGCGUUAAUCCAUGAAUGGCCAGUUACGCUCCUGAGCAGCACACUCCUGCAGUGCACCAGCAUCAUGAUAAGACCCACCACAGACUCUGCUACAGCUGCCAUUUAUCUAUCGCCAUGGUGAGAGAGAGCUUCUGGACCUUGACUCUGUUGCUAUGGUGACCCUGUAGCAAGCAAGAACCCUGGUGAUCACAUAAAAAGACCCAGGUAACUACUGUUCCAAUCUGCUGCCAUGGCGAUGCUGUAGAGACGCCCUGUAUAGUCAUAAGUCUGUUGCUAUGGUGAUACUGUAGCAAAGCAACAGUCACUAUGGGAACGUCCAGGAUGUUCCGCAUCUUCGUGGUCCUGGGCUCGGCCUUCAUGAUCCUCCUCAUCAUCAUCUACUGGGACGAUGUCGGAGCCUCUCACCUGUAUUUGCACACUCCCGUCUCGCCGGGCCCCAAAAUCCCACACCCCCCUCCUCAGCAGCGGCCUCAAACCCCCCGAACCCCGUCCUUCCUGUCCGACAUCGAUGCCUUCGUCAACCAGUUCUUAGAACCGGGAACUGGUGAGCCCACAGACCCCGUCCCUGCCGACACAAGCAACCAAUCAGAGAAAGCAGAAGAGCGGUACAUACCGCGGCGGGAGUGGAAGAUUCACCUGACUCCAGUGGCGGCAGAGCUCCGUGAGAGACAGGAGCAGCGACGGAGGUUACUUCAGGAGAUGUGCGCUAACGACAGCGUGGUGUUUCCCGGCAAAAACCGCUCAUUUGAUGACAUUCCCAACAAGGAGCUGGAUCACCUGAUCGUGGACGACAGGCACGGUAUCAUCUACUGUUACGUCCCUAAGGUGGCGUGCAGUAACUGGAAGCGGAUCAUGAUAGUUCUUAGUGAGAGCCUGCUGCAGGACGGGGUUCCCCAGAGAGACCCGCUGGCCAUCCCCCGGGACCUGGUCCACAACAGCAGCAUGCACUUCACCUUCAACAAGUUCUGGAAGCGCUACGGCAAGUUCGCAAGGCACCUCAUGAAGGUGAAGCUGAAGAAGUACACCAAGUUCCUUUUCGUGCGGGACCCCUUUGUGCGUCUCAUCUCCGCCUACCGGAAUAAAUUUGAGCUGCGCAACGACGAUUUUUACCGGCGCUUCGCACAGGUGAUGCUGCGGCGCUACGCCAACCAGCCGACACCUCCCGCCUCUGUGGACGAGGCGUUUGCCGUGGGCGUCCAUCCCUCCUUCUCCCACUUCAUCCAGUAUCUCCUGGACCCUCAGACAGAGAAGGAGAUGCCCUUUAACGAACACUGGCGGCAGGUGUAUCGGCUUUGCCACCCAUGCCAGAUUCAGUAUGACUUUGUGGGCCACUUGGAGACGGCAGAAGAGGAUGCAGAGCACCUGCUCCGUCAGCUGCGGGUGGACAAUGUGGUGGAGUUCCCCACCUCCCACAGGAACCUCACAGCCAGCAGCUGGGAGGCCGACUGGUUCAGCACAGUGCCUGUGGAGGCGCGGAGAGAACUCUACAAGCUGUACGAACCCGACUUCAGGCUUUUCGGCUACGACAGACCGGACUCGAUCCUCAACGAGUGACUCCUGUUUUUACAAAACUGACCCUGCCGCACACAGACAAAAUGUUUUUAUGUGAUGAAGUGAUGCUACACUCCCAACAACGGUGACGCCUCCCUUUGUUCUGUGCAGAUACGUUCUCCAGUCGUUUCUACACUGAAUGUGCUCGUCGUUAAGGACACCCACUGAUUUAAGGUAGCACACUAACGAAGUGAAGCCAGGCGACAGCCAUUAUCCAUUAUUGUUGUUUAUUUUAUUAAAUCACAAAGAUAAUUAGAAGCACACAGGUUAGAGUGCGACAGUACGAGGUGUGGAUUGAACAGCAGGUGUCCCUGACACGUCGUACAUUCAGUGUAGUCCUUAAAGGGACAGUUCAGGUGUUGUGUCGUGGGGUUGUGUGAGGUCAGUCGUAUACAGUCGGUUCAUUACCUGCAGUAGAUUCUGAUCAGCUCGCUCCCAGUGAGGAGAUCAGACCAGGAGCACCGUCACACCAGCAGUGACGUGUAGGAAUACUUCUUCACAGAAUACUUCUGCGUAGGAAUACGGCAGUUCAGUGGUUGUAAAAAUGUAGUGCCAAAGGAAAGUGCUGUUUUCACAGGAAGAUAAACGGCUGAAAAUAUUCGACAUGAAGCUUCAUUUAAACAGAUGUUGGAUUGUUUGUGUCUACAACAGGUUUGUUCUGGUGGCUCCGCCCACAGCAACACGUUUAACAGGGAGGAGCUGACCUCACACAACCCCACGUCAUAAAACCUGAACUCUAGGUUAACUCUAAACUCCACGCCGAGCAUCUUGCACUCCCAGCGUCGAUGUCACACCACGCCUGUGAUUUGUGAUGUCACAGCUCUGUUGCGAGUAACUCUGCUGAUCACACAGGGCUUUGUAGCAGGAUGUCACAGAGCCAUACGCCACGUUUGUGCGGUCACACGAAACAUAUUUGGGGUUUUUCUUUUUUGCUUUUUUUGGUCGCCGGUCGUGCAGUGGUUUUUGUAAAUGUUACUAGAUGAGUUUAAAAUGUAGUUGCACUAGAGUGUUAGUCAGCUAAUUUAUUUCACAAGGUGUAAGUGCUUUGUUUAUGUUAAGCAUGAAAGGGAUUUUUACAUUGAACACACUAAUGACAGGUGCCAAUAUCAGAAACAUUAUUAUUUUAUACCUCAUACACAUGCAGAGGAUAUUUAGGAACAGCGUGUUUCACCUCAACAACUCUCUCAGACCCGGGUACGUUAGGUUUCAGCAUGCACAAGUCCAUUAGAUUAUAUUAACAGAAUAAUUUCUCAUAGCAUUUUAGCUUCAUUUCUGCUUUUGCGUGACAGUUUGAGAGCACGAUGAAGCGCACAGCAGCUCCGGUGAACUGAAGAGCUGGAGUGUCGACGUUCUUUUGCACAGGUGCAUUCAAAACAGACGCUUUUCUAAAGGGAACAUUUUUCUUUUUAUUGCUUGUCGUUACCAUGACGCUGGUAUCACCAAGCAUUUGAUCAUCUUUUGUGUUUUCAUGCACAAAACUGCAACUGUAACCCUGGAGACUGCAGCAGUACUGAAUGAUGCCCCACACACACACACACACACACACACACACACCCUCCCUCCCUCCUUCAAUAUGAUGAACAUUUAUAGGUGCAGUAUUUUCAUGGGGUGCAGUGUUUUGUAGCAAGGGGCUGAUACAGGUGCAAAGCUCUGGUGUUGAUGCAUUUUAAGUACAACUGUAAAGUCGGUGCGAGAUGAAGCUGCGGUCAGAGUUCACGUCAGAGUUUCCGGGUAAAGCUUCGGCUCGCGGUCGGAGUCGGGAUUAACCCGCAUCACGAUCUGGGCAAAGGAUGGGGUCGUAUGAUUGGUAUCAGAAGAGCGGGAAGAGAAGAUAGUGCCUUCGGUUGCAGACAUUUACACAGCAAAAAAAAAAAGUAUUUUUGUAGAAGGACUUCAUUUUUACUCAGAACACGAUACAGUGAGAACUGUACGAAGCCACAACAAGGUAUAUUUCAUAUACUGGGCCUUGAUUAUCUUGUGUGAUUAUCAUUUGGGACAAAUAGGAAACGACGGAGCCCUUCAGCAGAAUAUGAGUCUGACUGUGUCUCUGGGAAUUUGUACGAUUUGUGAUUGUGUGCGGACUCUGUCGGUGUUCGUGUCCAGUGGAUUCUCUGUGUCAUUUCCCACGCCGGAUUCCCCCCGUGUGGUCUGUACUGUACGUGAUGUCACGCACACGCUUCUGUCGCGGCGGUGUGCACGUCCACACGCUGUUGACUCAGACUUGUCUCACUGCCUUUCGGUUUAUUCUGAUUCGUCAGAGGAGAAACUGGAUUUUUUUUUUUCAUCUUAAUUAAACUUUUUAAAUGGUUUAUAGUUCACACCUGAACAGGGAGGAAUUAUUAAACUUCAGUGGCUGGUUUUUCCCAAAAGUUUAUGUAAGAAAAAAAACUAAAUGAAAACACAACUCGUCAUCCAACACACACACACACACACACACAGUGUUUGUCAAAUUAAUUGUAUUUUCAUAUCUCAUAUUUCAUAUGUUCUUUUAUUGUAUUUUCUUUGCUGUUUUUUGUUUUUCUUUCAAAGUGCAAACAACAAGAUAUAAAACGGAAUAAUUUUGUAUUUAUUGGCAGAAUAAAACUGCGCACAUUCUGUUUUUGUACGGGGGGGAAAUCAGUCACACUGGGCCUUUGUUAUUAAGAUUAAGGUUUGACAGCUGAUAUGCAUUUUCUUUCCCUCAGUGAUCUGACGGCACCACCACAUUACUGCUUUAAACAGCUUACAUGUUUGUUGAAGCUGCGGCACCAAACCUCGUCCUACAUUUUGACCUCAUUCCGUUUCCGAACAUCGAACAGUGGCACACACCAAAAUCUAUUUUUUGGAUGGAUGUUUUUUUUCUUUUUUGUUGUAUUGUUACUUCUCCUGUUCGUGGGAGAAAAAUGCAAAGUAUUCAUUCAGUUUUCUUUAGUAUUAUGGUGUCAUGCAUCAUCUGGUCUAAGUGCAAGAGAAAUAAAGGUGGUGGGGCAUGA